UCUCCUCUCAUCGCACGCGCCGUCGCUGGCCGCAAUCUCUCCCGAUUCCGCCGCCGCCGCCGCCGCCGCCGCCAUGGUGGACGCUGCUGGCGUCGAGGUGGAGGUGUUCACGGAGGCGGAGCACGAGGUGGCGGCCAUCCUCUGCGACCUGGCCGACCUGGUGCGCGCGCGCAGCCCGCGCCGCGGCCGCCGCCGAGGCCGCGGGGAGAUCCCCACGUGGGGGUGCCGCCGCCCGAGGACGGUGCCUCCGCCGCCGCCGCCGCCGCCGGCGGAGAAGCCCGCGGGUGUGGUCCGCGAGGCGGCCGCCAGCCCCGACACGCCGCUCGUGUUCCACCCCGACGAGAGCAGCGGCGGGGACGACGGCGACGAUGCGGUGGCGGCGGCCAAGAAGGCGCCGGCGUCGCACGCGGAGUGGGUGCAGGAGCAGCGCGCCGUCGUCGCGAGCUUGUCGCAGGAAAACUCGCAACUGUCAAAGCAAAUUGAGGAGUACAGAAUCAGGCUGCAGAGCUCGAGAUGCACCAACGACGACUUGAAGUUAAUGCAGUGCAAGCUCAAGCGCCAACGGGAGCAGGCGGAGGAGGAGGAGGAGAUGAGGCGGAAGCUGCAGGCGACGACGGCGGCCAUUCAUCGGCCGGCGCCGGUGCUGGGGCUGGACCUGAACGAGCCGGCGCGGGCGCCGGAGGAGGAGGAGGACGACGAGGCGGCCGCCGCCAAGGCCGCGGCGGAGUGGUACCACCUGGGGCAGCAGCGGGCGGCGAUGGCGUGCAAGGCGGCGAUGGCAGCGCAGGCGCGGCAUCGGCGGCGGGAGAUCCGGCGAGCCAAAGCGGCGGCGAGCAGGAUAAGGAGGGCAGCAUCCUGAUUAGCCAUUGCCAAAAUCCAAGCUUUUUUUGGAUGUGCUAAUUCAAGAGCUGAAUUGCCCGGGAAAAAAAGGGAGAAGAAAAGAAGAAUUCGAUUGGAUUACUACUAGCAAAGUAGCUACAAAUUAAAGAUCAGUUAUUGGUAAUUACAAAUUUUGUUAGCUUCUAUUCAUCAAACAGUUGAGCGAGUGUUCAUCUGAUUUUGCAACAGUGUGAGUGAGACUGGUUAGCAGUGUGAGUGAGGAGUAUUUGUAUUGGCAUUGCAGCCAAAGAUUGAUAGCAACUGCAACUAUAAUCCUAUAUAUAUUCAUCAUCCUUUAGGGAAAUAAUAUAUAUAUAUAUAUAUAUAUAUAUU